AUGCCCAAGUGGAACAUUGUAUCAUGGACGUCUAUGCUAUCGAUAUGUGCCGCAAAUGGGCAUAUUGACGAUGCUAAGGCAGUCUUUGACACAAUGCCAGAAAGAAACAUUAUCUCUUGGAACACCAUGCUAGGUGCAUUUGUGCAGAAACAAUGCUUAGAAUAUGCCAAGAGCUUCUUUGACUCAAUGCCAGAGCAUGAUACUGUAUCUUGGAACAUUAUUGUAGCCGCAUAUGCUGAAAAAGGGCAUCUUGAACAGAAGCUAGCAAUGGAUAUGCCACAGAGAACCUUGGCAUCCUCAAACGCGUUGCUGUGUGGAUAUUCCCAAAUCGGGCAUAUGGAGGAGGCUUGGCAAGCCUUCCAUACCGUGCUCGAGCGUGAUGUAGUGACGUGGACAGCCAUGCUGGCGGCAUAUGCUCAGAAUGGGAACCUCGGGCUGAGCAGGAGGAUCUUUGACGCGAUGCCCGCCAGGAAUGUGGUGACGUGGAGCGCCCUGAUUGCUGGCUACGCCCAGAACGGGCAGCCCAGGACCACGCUGGAGCUCUUUCACGUGUCUGUGCUUUUCAUCUCGAUCAUGCUGUCGUCCAGCCAUGCUGGCAAGCUUGACGCUUGCCGGGCAUCCCUCGUGGCCAUGACACUGGACUAUGACAUGAGGCCGGAAAGCCAGCACUACUCGUGCAUGGUGGAUGUGUUAAGCAGGGCGGGCCAUUUGGAAGAUGCCAAGGACUUGAUUGUGAAUAUGCCCUAUUUGCCCCAUGCAGCAUAUUGGAGGAGCCUCCUAGGCGCUUGCAGCAGGAGUGGCGAUGGGAAUGGUGCUGCCGCUGCCAAGAGCGUGCUCGAUCUGGAAUGUAGGGAUGGAGCAGGAUACAUGCUUCUGGCCAAUGCCUACAGUACUGUGCACUAG